UAUGUUCAUAUUGGAAAGGCUGGCCAUGGAUAUUUGGAAUUGAACCAAUGAAACCAAUAGAACGAUUACCACAAAUUAGAACGCUGGUUGGAAAUUGUGAAGCGGAUGUUGGUACUUGUCCAGUAGGAUCAUGUUCCACAUUUCUAAAGUUUUCAAUAUUUUGCCCGGAUGACGGAUACAUAUGCCCCGAAACAGAAACCCGAAUCAAAGACUGUGGAGAGUUUGGAAGCAGACCUUACGAAUACGUCAUGCAAUGUGGAUGCUGUAAGGAUACUGGUAUCGUUGUCACAGGUGUUGUAAAAGAUCAAGUCACUCAACAACCAGUAGAUAAAACACUUGUCUUUUUAGACUUCAGCAGAAGACCUAUAAUCACCGGGGUAAAUGGUAUGUUUAAAACUGCAAUUGCGUCAAGCGUCCGGCGGAUCGUUAUAAGAACUAAAAACAGAAAUUACUUGGAAGCUGUCAAGGUUGUUGACAUACCAGAGGGUUUCAGGGGUCCUGUGCAAAUUGAAAUUUUCGUCAUUAUGAAGUCCGAUCCAGUGAAACUCGAUUCAACUGAAAGUACAGUACUUUCUCUUUCAUCUAAUCCACUAGACCCAGAAGCCGGUAAUACACUUGUUGAAAUUAAAGCUGAUUCAUUCAUUUAUAAAAAUGGAAAGCAAUAUCAAGGCGCGGUGAAAGCAAGCAUAACUUUUAUUGACACAGAAAAUAACCUCGACAUUGAAGUUCCCGGAAUAUUCCAAACCGCCGUUGGAAAUUCUGUUGAACCUCUUAUCACCGAUGGUGUAUUUUCUUUCAAUUUUGAAAGUGCUGAUGGAAUAGCACUCGAGCUGUCUGCACCAGUGACAAUUAAAGGACGAGAUGGUAUGAAAGUAUGGAAACUUAAUUCGUUUACUGGUUUAUGGGAAUUAGUUAGACCCGUUGAAAAAAGAAGGAAGCGACAAGUUUCCCUUGAAGAUAUCUUCAGAAUUGAAAGCGAUCGUUGGUACAAUAUUGAUAAGAUUCCUGGCGCCCCAAGAUGCUACUUUAAAGGUAGAAUCUUCGAUGAAAUGAGUGGAACGGAGAUAACAAGCAGCAGUACUGCAUCAUUUAGGCCAGAAAUAACUGCAUACACAACUGUCAAAGAACGUUUGCGUCUGUAUUUCAAAUACACAACCAAACCAAGUACAACAUGUUAUGAAGUGAGAUGCCCACUAGUCAGCGAUCCUGAUGAUAACCUUGCUGGUUUUAUCAACAUGUCUUCAACAGAGGUUGUUUCAAUUGGGGGUGUAAAUGUUCCAAUCGUUGCUUAUCUUACUCCAAAAGAACUUGUUGACUAUGACACUGCAGUUAUACAGCCAAAACUUUUCAAUGUUCAGUAUAAGAUUGCACCAAAUGAUUUGGACAUUUUCGUUAAUUUUGUUUCCGACAUUGAUGGGCCUUUCUACAGAAACAAGAAUAUUUGCGAAAGUUCAAGUAUAACACAGCCUGCUCUUCAUUUCUUUAAAGCAGAAUUGCCUAGCUAUUAUCCUGUCCCUGAUGAUGCUAAAAUUUGCACAGCCAGGAUUGCUUUUAGAGAUGGUGAUGACUUUUAUCGUUAUAUUUCAUCCUUAGAUUAUUUGCCAAAUGUGACGGGAAUCAGCGAGUGGGAACAAGGUGGAUCCAAACUCUACUAUACAGAUGUUGCUCAAAUGGAGCUAUUUAAAGAUAGGAAUGCUACUGUUGUUUUCAUAUGUCUUAAAUACAGGUGUAGUCAAGAGAAUGAACUAACUACCGUAUUCAUCUCUGAAAAAGAGGUGUUUCUUUUGACUGAUGAUAAUUCAUUUCAAGAAUAUCGCUGUUACGGAAAACGCGCAAAUACUACCUCUAAAUUGAUAAAUAUUGGAGGUAGAUUUUCUACCAUCGAAGGUUCAUUCAAUGCACCUGUCAACGUCGAUACAGGUCCAGAUUUUUAUAAUACGGAGGUCAACGAUUGCAAAAAGGAGACAGACGCUACAUUAUUUGCUUAUGAAUUGUAUUGUAGGUUAUGGCAAACACUUGCCAAAUGAGCAUUUCCUUAACAUUUUAUGCAGCCAUUUGAAAACUGUAAACUAUUUUGUCUGAAAUAUAUUAUUAUGUCAAUGAUUAAAAAACUA